AGUAAAAUGGCGGACCUGGCGAACGAAGAGAAGCCUGCCAUCGCCGCACCCGUCUUUGUGUUCCAGAAAGAGAAAGGCCAGAAGUCCUCUGCAGAGCAAAAGGACAGGUCGGAAUCGGGAGAGGCGGCGGCUUUGGGGCAGGCUGAGGCCCCCCUCGGCGGCACGGGGCCCCCCGAGUUCUCGGGGGAGCAGGCCCUAGAGUCUCCCACCCCCGCUGGCCCUUCAGCCGGUCCUUCACGCCCCGCUCCUGACACCCCGUUUCUUCCCUUCCCGCGAGAGCUGGCAGGGAGGUCAGCUGGUGGCUCUAGUCCAGAAGGUGGAGAAGAUUCCGACCGAGAAGAUGGAAACUACUGUCCCCCUGUGAAGCGAGAGAGAACGUCCUCCCUCACCCAGUUCCCCCCAUCACAGUCAGUCCCCAAAAGCAAUGUCUUCCUGCCAUCCACCCUGUGUGAGGCGUCCGCAGGCCACUCAGACUCGGAGCCAGAGGAGAAGAGCAGCGGGUUCCGGCUGAAACCGCCGACGCUGAUCCACGGCCAGGCCCCCAGUGCAGGUCUGCCAAGCCAGAAGCCCAAGGAGCAGCAGAGAAGCGUGCUCCGCCCAGCAGUGCUCCAAGCCCCUCAGCCAAAGGCGCUCUCCCAGACCGUUCCCAGCAGCAGCACCAAUGGGGUCCCUGCCCCGGCCGACUGCUCAGGGGGCACGACCGCUGCCUCGCCUGAUGCCCCCCCACGCAGCAGCCCCUCCGAAGUUUCGGUCAGAGCCCUGGAGGAAGGAGCACCCCAGAGGGUCGAGUCAAGCAACGCCUCAGAGGAGGAGGAUGGGGAGCAGGCUGGGCCCUGCGCACAGCCUGGCUUCGUGUUCGGGCAGAACCUGAGAGACAGAGUCAAGUUCGUUAGCGAGAAUGCAGAUGCGUCUGACUUAGGGAACGAGGGGCGGCCGGACCCUGAGGCGCCUGCGGCCACCAAUUAUUUCCUCCAGUACAUCAGCAGCAGCUCUGAGAACUCGGCCCACGGCCCCGACGCCACCAGCAACAAAUUCAUCUUUGGCCAGAACAUGAGUGAGCGUGUGCUGAGCCCCCCAAAGUUGAACGAGGCCGGCCCCGAGGCCAGCAGGGAAAGCGCAACGACAGAGUCUGGGCCUGAGUCCUCAUCCCAGGAGGCCACCCCCGAGAAAGCUGAUGGUGCCGCCGAGUCCCUGGUCCAGUCUGCAGCCGCCUACACCAAGGCCACAGCCCGGAAGUGCUUGCUGGAGAAGGUCGAGGUCAUCACGGGGGAAGAGGCCGAAAGCAACGUGCUACAGAUCCAGUGCAAACUCUUCGUCUUCGACAAGGCCUCGCAGUCGUGGGUGGAGCGCGGCCGGGGGCUGCUGAGGCUCAAUGACAUGGCCUCGGCCGACGAUGGCAGCUUGCGCUCCCGGCUUGUGAUGCGGACCCAGGGCAGCCUGCGGCUCAUCCUCAACACCAAACUGUGGGCGCAGAUGCAACUGGACAAGGCCAGUGAGAAGGGCAUCCGGAUCACGGCAGUGGACGCCGAGGACCAGGGCGUCAAGGUCUUCCUCAUCUCGGCCAGCUCCAAGGACACAGGCCAGCUCUUUGCAGCGCUCCACCACCGCAUCCUGGCCCUGCGUAGCCGCUCGGAGCAGGAGCCCGACGCCAAGACGCCCGCGCCAGGCACGGCACCCCCACACGAGGAGGACGACAGCGACGAGGACACUGUGCUGGCCCCCUCAGGUGCUUCCGGCAGCGGUGCUGGCGACGAGGGAGACGCGCAGAAGGCCGAGAGCACAUAGCAUCGAGCUGCAGCUCCUCCCUCCCACCGUCGUCCGUCCUCCCUCCGCAGGGGCAGGGGUUGAGAAGCAAGCACACUCCCUGCGGAGUCGGCGGAUGCCCCGCCCGGCCUCCCCAGACUCGGGGCACCUCAUCAUAUUGAUGAGGGGGCCACACAGGGACUCCCGCAGCCGGCAGUGCCGGCGGGCACGGCUGUAGAUCUUCUCUUCCUGACGCUGUGUUUUGGUUUCUUAGGUUAAGGCACUCUCGGGGAGGGGGGUUUGGAGAGGACUGCCCACCUGAGCCAAGGGGCCUUGGACUAUUUUGGGGGGGAGCUGGAUGGGGCUGGUGCCAGGAAACACGCUGUGUUCGUCCAUCUGUCCAUCCUUGUCUCCUACCCCACGCCCUGCGUUCACCGAGCUUGCCCCAUCCCGGGAGACGCCCUGGAACAAGGCCCCGAGCUGGGGGGCCAACCCACCGCUGCGGAGAGGGCAAGGCCGGACCCCACAGCAGCAGGCCCACACGGCCUCUCCUGCUUCAGCCUUAGUCAGACCAGCCAGGACACCCGAGUCCAGGACACUUGUGUAAGAUUGUCAUAUGAGAUGUAUUUGGAUCUACAUUAAAACUUUUAACUAAAA